CAUAUACUUGUGCUUACACUCUUCAUGAAACUGAAAAUGAAGAUCAUGGAAUGCAUCAAAUUUCUUCAACUAUUUCUAAUGUUAUUAAAGCUGCUACUUCAUUUCCUGAUACAUUAAUAGUAAAAUAA